UAUGGAAGAUUACAAUAGAAAAAAGCGAAGGGGCACAUAGAAGCGAAGCGCGAAAUGGCACACAAUUGAUAUCAUCAAUGGCAUUCUAUUGCUAGCCAUUUUCUCCUUUCGCUAAUUCUUCUUCUACGCUCUCUCUGCAAAAGAUGCCUUCCAAGGACAAAAUCGCUUACUUCUACGACGGUGAUGUCGGUAGUGUAUACUUUGGGGCGAAGCAUCCAAUGAAGCCCCACCGGCUUUGCAUGACUCAUCAUCUUGUUCUCUCAUACGAUCUUCAUAAGAAGAUGGAGAUUUACCGUCCACACAAGGCUUAUCCUGUUGAGCUUGCCCAGUUUCAUUCAGCUGAUUAUGUUGAGUUUUUGAACAGGAUUACACCUGACACUCAGCACUUGUUCUUGAAUGAACUGACAAAAUAUAAUCUUGGAGAAGACUGCCCUGUAUUUGACAACUUAUUUGAAUUUUGUCAGAUUUAUGCUGGUGGAACUAUAGAUGCUGCACGUCGAUUAAACAAUCAAUUGUGUGAUAUUGCUAUAAACUGGGCCGGUGGACUACAUCAUGCUAAGAAAUGCGAGGCAUCUGGAUUUUGUUACAUCAAUGACUUGGUUUUAGGAAUCUUGGAGCUUCUUAAAUAUCAUGCUCGUGUUUUGUAUAUUGAUAUAGAUGUGCACCAUGGUGAUGGUGUAGAAGAAGCCUUCUACUUCACUGACAGGGUGAUGACUGUCAGUUUUCACAAGUACGGAGAUUUGUUCUUCCCAGGUACUGGCGAUGCUAAGGAAAUAGGAGAAAGAGAAGGAAAGUUUUAUGCCAUAAAUGUCCCAUUGAAGGAUGGAAUAGAUGACAGUAGCUUCACUCGACUUUUCAAGACUAUUAUUUCCAAAGUACUUGAAACAUAUCAACCUGGUGCAAUAGUUCUCCAGUGUGGAGCAGACUCACUUGCUGGCGAUCGCUUGGGUUGCUUCAAUCUCUCUAUUGAUGGUCACGCUGAAUGUGUUAGCUUCGUAAAGAGAUUCAAUUUGCCAUUGCUGGUCACUGGAGGUGGGGGGUACACAAAAGAAAAUGUUGCUCGAUGUUGGACUGUUGAAACAGGAGUUCUUCUAGAUACAGAGCUUCCAAAUGAGAUUCCGGAAAAUGAUUAUAUUAAAUAUUUUGCACCAGAAUUUUCUUUGAAGAUUCCAAAUGGGCAGAUAGAAAAUUUGAAUAGUAAAUCAUAUCUUAGCACCAUUAAAAUGCAAGUCUUGGAAAAUCUUCGUUGCAUCCAACAUGCUCCAAGUGUACAGAUGCAGGAGGUCCCUCCGGACUUCUACAUUCCAGAGUUCGAUGAAGAUGAGCAGAACCCUGAUGAACGCCUUGAUCAGCACACUCAAGACAAGCACAUUCAGCGCGAUGAUGAAUACUAUGACGGUGACAAUGACAAUGAUCAAAUGGAUGUUUCAUGAAGUUAGCACUUGCAAUGUUGCCUUUUGGUUGGGGAGUGACCAUUUAAGAGAGAAGGAAAAUGUAAUUAGACAAACGCCUAGAUGUAUCAACAAAGCGGUCGUACUAGCCCAAGAAACUUGUAUA